AUGUGGUAUUGCACAUUUCUAUUCGUUUAUAAUUAUUUCAUUUCUUUAACAAUAUCAAAACAAAUACCAUUAAUUGGACUUUUUACACAAGAUAAAUAUGAUACGAAUUAUUCAGCAUCAACAAUUAUUGAGUAUGCAGUAAAUCGUUUAAGAACAAUAGAAACAAUUCAAACUGAACUUGAUAUACAACAUGAUGAACAAGAUAUUCCAUGUGAUAUGGCUAUUGGAACAAAAAUGGUUUUUGAUAUGUUACAUCGAAAACCUCGACCAUUAGCUAUAUUUAGUGGUUCUUGUCAUACAGUUGCAUCAGCAAUUGCUGAAACAGCUGGAAUAUUUGAUAUGACGAUAAUUAUUUAUUCUGAAACAAGUUCACUUUUUACUGCAAGAGAAAAAUAUCCAUCAUUAAUACGAACUGUACCUGGUGAUUCUCAACAUAAUAUUGCUCGAAAAUUAUUAUUAAGAAAAUAUAAUUGGCGUCGAUUUGGAAUAUUAUAUCAAUAUGAAAGACAAUAUACGAUGGUAAUUGAUAAUAAUAUGAGCGAUGCACUAGCAGUACAAGAGGCAGCAAUUGCCUCUUCUAGAAAAGAUUUUGAGGAACCUGUAACACGAUUCAAUGAUCUUUUACAAGAUGAAAGUGAUUGGGAGAAUGCUUUAUCAAGAGGUAUAUCAUUCAAUGAUCUUGAUGAAACACAAGGCAAUCGAACAAGAAAUUCAUUAAAAGAUGCAUUUGACGAAUUACGGAAAAAUAAUAUUCGAAUUAUUCUUGGAAAUUUUAAUUCAACUAUGGCUGUUCGAAUAUUUUGUGAGGCAUUUCGAUAUAAUUUAUAUGGUUCGCGUUUUCAAUGGAUAAUUGUUGGUUAUUAUGAACCUAAAUGGUGGUUAAAUAAUCCAGGUCCUUGUAAUACAUCUGAAAUUCUUCAUGCACUCAAUGGAACACUUCAAACUCGUGUAGCAAAAUUAGGUUAUAAUACUAGAAAACGAACAAUGGCUGAUUUAACAUUAGAUCAAUUUAAAUUUGAUUUAACAACAUUUAAAUCAACAAAUUAUUUUGUUGGUUAUGCAUUUGAUGCUAUUUUAACAUUAACAUCUGCAUUUGAAAAAUUAAAUUCUUGUCCAAAUGAAUUUCAUAUUGAUUCGAUUUGGCAUCAAUCAUGUUGGCGUCAUGAAUUAAUUGAUAUUAUAAAAAAUAUUGAUAUUGAAGGUGUUACAGGUCGUAUACGUUUUAAUAAUGGUGAUCGUAUUGGUGAAAUUGUUAUCGAACAAAUAUUAGUUUAUCAUAGUCACAAAUCAACAAAUGUGGAUAUUGCGAAAUUAUUCGUUGCAAUACCAACAAAUCAAUCAAAAUAUAUUCUUUUACCAGCAGGAAAUGAACGAAAUAUAACUUGGCAUGGUCAUGGACCACCCAAUGAUCGUAUUAAACGUAUUGAACGUAAUCAACGUAUUUCAGUAUUAACAUAUACAAUCAUAGCAAGCAUUAGUGGCAUUGGAAUAUUUUUAGCAAUAGGAUUUUUUGUUUUUAAUAUUAUUUUUCGUACACAUAGAUUUAUUCGAAUGUCAAGUCCACAAAUAAAUAAUUUGAUUAUAGCUGGAUGUAUACUUUCAUACACAAGUGUUCUUUUAAUGGGUAUUGAUUCGACGUUAUUAGGAGAACGAAAUUCUGAAUCAGCUAUGAAUUUUAUUUGUGCAGCACGUGUCUGGACUUUAUCAAUUGGUUUUACUAUUUCAUUUGGAGCUAUAUUUAGUAAAACAUGGCGUGUUCAUACUAUAUUUACUACUGUAAAUGCAUCGAAACGAGCAAUUAAAGAUUAUCGGUUAUUUAUUUUUGUUGGAAUACUUUUUGCACUUGAUUUCAUAGUCUUAACAUCAUGGCAAAUUAUUGAUCCAUUGAAAAUUUUUCGACAUACAAGUCAAAUACAGACAAAAGAUGAAGAUAUUGUUAUUUUAUGGAGUUAUGAAGAAUGUCUAUCAAAACGUCGAUCAAUUUGGAUGACAAUACAAUCAAUUUAUAAAGGUGUACUCAUGGUUGUUGGUUCACGUUUUGCAUGGGCAACACGAAAUGUUCAUAUAAAUGCAUUGAAUGAUUCUACUUAUGUUGGAAUGAGUCUCUAUAAUGUUGUUCUUUUAAGUAUAACAACAGCUGUUGUUGGUUAUUUCUUACGUGAUCAACAUGAACGUUCAUAUAUAUUAACAUCGAUAUUUAUUUUACUUUGUGUUACAAUAACAUUAUGUCUCGUAUUUGUACCAAAAGUACUUGAAGUAGCAAAAGAUCCAAGUUCAAGUGCUAAACCACAACGUGCCGUUCUUUUAAAACCAAAAGCGAAAUUAUCCGAUGAUCAAGGACAUGAUAAAGAAAAACCGAAAUUAUCCAAUGCUCAAGAACAUGACAAAGAAAAACUUCUAAUACAAAUAAAAGGUUUAACAAAUCAAAAUGAAAUAUUACGAUUAAAUGCAAAAAAAUGUGAUGAAUUAAUUACCAAACUUCUAUCGGCAAUAACAGAUACACAUGAUAAACCAUAUCAAUAUGAAAUAAUCAUGCCAUUAUCAACAAAUAUUAUCGAUGAAACAAUGCAUACUCGUGAAUCCGAUUGGUUAUUAGAUGAUGAAAAUCAAUUGCGGAAAUAG